AUGUUUUUACAAAAACAAUUGUUUUUGGUUGUUCUUCUAUUAGCAAUUUCUCUCGUAAAGGGAGUAACCGAGAAUAAGAAUAAAAGCGAAACAAAAAAUGAAACAACCACAAAAGCAAUUCAAACAGCAACUGGAGAUUAUGAUGAUACUGAGAAAGCAGACUAUGGCGAUUUGGCUGCAGAAUUGGCUAAACUUGUUGAGGAGGAAGAUGAGUUAAAUAAAAAGAAAAAUGCUUUGAGUUCGGAGAAUGGAAAUAAAAAUAGCACAGGAAAGCCUUAUAUUCAAAAAGAUAAAAGUAAAAAAUAUGAGGAAGAAGAUAAUGGAAAAUAUGAGGGAAAUCGUAGAAAUAAGUAUGAUGUAGAGUCAGAUGAAAGUGAAUCAAGUUCAAGUUCGGAUGAGGAUUUAGAUGAGGAUAAUUUAGAAAGAUUACCAGGGCCUUUGCCACACAAUGAAGGAAUUUCUAGGCGAGGAAUUAAAAAGGAAAAAGGUGGAGAAGAUGAGGAGGAGGAGGAAGAAGAAGAAGAGGAAAAUCCUAAAGAUAAAGAAAGCAGAAAGAUAAGAAAAAAUAAAAAAAAUCCAAAAGAUGAAAGUGAGGAAGAUAUUUCUUUUGAUGGUCAAAUACCUAAAAGUGUACGUAAAUUACUCAAACAAUUAGCAGCUGGUGGAAAGAAUCCUGUAAUUAUACCUUUAAUUAUAAAUAACAACAAUAUGCCGAAUCGAAGAGCUGAAGAUGAGUCUGAGGAAUGGAAUAAAAGACAUGGAAGACCUCAUAGAUUAAAUGAUUGGAAUAAUCCGCCUGGGGUUCCUCCAUUCUUUCAAUCUUCGAUGUUUCAACAGCCAAUGUUUCCACCACCGUUUCAACCAGCACAACAGUCACCUAUUGGUGUCCCUCCGGCAUUUGCUCAUCCCUCUAAUUUUCUUGGAGGGCCUCUUGGAGGAGGUCUUCCUAACAAUCUUCCCAACACAAAUCCAUUUUUAUCACAACUAAAUCGUGGUGGAAGUCCUAAUCAAUUUCCCAAUCCUCCCCCUAAUCAAGUUCCAACUUUUGGACUCCAAAAUCAAUUCAAUCCUGCUCAACAACAACGACAACCAAAUCAAGUCAACCCACAGGGAGAAAAUGGCAAUGAUGUGAAAAAAAUGAAUUAA